AAUUAAUCUUUCUUCUUCGAUCUUCUUAUCUUGUUCUAACAGCAAUCUUCAACCGUCACAAGAAUGCUCGUCGAUUCAAGGAUUAUUACGGCCACUGGUUCAACACUCUCAAGAACAACCUCCUCCCUCUCCCUCCGCCGCUCGCUGUCGCAUCCUGAUUCCCCCACCGUCCUCUCUACUCACGUCGACCUCCUCCACCAGCAUUUCCAAUCUCUCUACCACGCCCUAGAUCUCGCCGCCUCCAGUGAAGACGACAUCGCCGUCCUCCUCUUCCCCGACUGGCGCUCCUCCCUCGAGAAGCCCCUCAUCUGGCUUGGCGACCUCCACCCCUACCUCUUCACCAACCUCGUCCGCUGCUUCCUCCAAGAAGACGACGACCUCACCGUCGCCGAAGCAGACGACGGCUACUUCAUCCGCAAAAACAACAUAACGGUACCGGACCAGUUUCAGGAGCGUCCGUGGCAGGUGGCCAUGUCGUGGAGGAACCCGUCGGAGGAGUUGGUGGCUAGAAUGGAUGAGAUUGAACAAGGGCUGAGAGUGAUGGUGCCGAUGCUGACGAUGCGGAUGCGGAAUGCGGAGGCGGAGUUCGUGGACAGGGUGGUUGAAGGGUGGUACCCAAGCAGGGGCCGGAAGGGAGCGGCGGCGAAAGUGGCGGUGGGGUCGAUUCUAUCUGAGCACAUGGAGGAGCUGGUGAGCAUAUUUCUGGAUGCGAAUAGGCUGAGGAGAAGCGUGAUCGGAGAAAUCGUGGGGAAGACGAGCGUUUAUCAGGCAGCUCUGUUUCUGGAAGCAUUGGCUCAGUUCUUGAUUGGGUUCAGAGAUCAGGAACUGGUCAGUGCCAUGGAAUGUUCCAAAUCUUCAACAACUCAAACCACCACAGAUGCUCGUCCCAGGCAUCACUGAGUCACAAGUAGUACCGUUUUUCCCCUCAGAUUUUGAGUCUUUCCCAGCAGAGCAAUUCUGGAAUUUGAAAAUUUAAGGGAGGUGAUCAGUUUAUGUAUUGACUAGAAAGGGAGAUUCAAGAAGAGGAAAGUGCACAUACGAUGCUGCCUGGUUAGAAAAUGUAAAUGACAGUGUAAUUAGUAGUGAUUGAUAAAUUUUUGCCCUUGGGAUUCAUGUGAAGCAGACAAUUAUGUGCAAUUGGUAUAUGGAUAUGCCAUUUUAUUGG